AGACACAAAUCAGCUGUUUUUGACGUUAGCCUCUGUCAAUGUCGACAGUAAAUAAAUAACACAAUCACAAAAAACAAAUAAUAAAACAAAGAGGAGGAUUAUGUGGGCUUUUUUACCCUAUCCUGCUUUAUACAAAAUCUUCCAGUACUUGAAUUAUAAAGAAUUAGUGCGUGUAAGUGAAGUUUGUCAUAACUGGUGUGAGGUUAGUCGAGAUGAUUUUCUCUGGAAAGACUUGUUCUUUGAGAACUUUCUUGUCGAUAAAUCUGUACCGAUAGUUUCUGAAAGAACUUGGUAUGAGGAAUUCAAAAGACUAUCUUACAAUGUUCCAGUGGUCCAAACAGAGACAUUACACGAUCAUCGACAUCAAGUCCUUCAUGUCAGUUUUUCACACAACGGCAAAUACUUUGCCACAUGCUCAAAGGAUGGCUAUGUCCUGCUAUGGAACUCCACAUAUCCAGUUGAAAUAAAAUAUUCACGAGAUAUGAACAGUUUUUCCUGGAAAUACACACAAUAUUCACAGUUUAAUGAAUCUGACACUCUGCUUCUUGUAUCAGGAGUUCAUUUUGGUACACCACAUAGUACUUCAGGCGAAAUUGCAGUAUUUAAUUUACUCGCUGGGUUUGAGUUGCAAUGUCGAGUCGUCAAUAAGCCAUAUGAUAUUUAUGGCACUUGGUACAGUGACCAACACUUACUCUCAGGUGACUUACAUUGGUUAGCACAUUUAGUUAGUACGUCCUCGUUAUGGUUAAAUAAAGCAUCACAAGAGGCUGAAUCAGAGCAUGUCCCGAUAACUCAUAACAUGUUUCGGUUUUAUAACAGAAAUGCAAGUUCAAUUAGAGCGAUAAUGAUCGCCAACUGUCUUCCAAAUUCUGAACUUGCGACAGAGACCAAAGAAACCGAAGUUGAGGUCGGACCGUCUGAAAAUAAAAACAGCACAUUUGAGCACGGGAACCCUGUAAGCCAUAGAGACAUAAAUGCGGUUCCCUGCACACACAGUUCUUCUGGCAGUGCUAUUUCUUUUGAUGCCAAAAAAACUGCAAGUGGCUCAGACUUAGGAAAUCCGAUUUGGUAUAAUUCAGAUUAUCGCAAAGUUGAAUCUGAGAAUAUGCUAAUAGAUGAGUCUGAGGAAGAAACGGAAGAUGAUGACACUGGCAAGGAUGAUUGUGAUGAUGAAGGUUCUGAAGAAGACUCAGAUCAACUCACUCAAAACGAUAAAUAUUUAAUUUUUACAACGGGCUUUAAAACAUACACACCUCAUCAGAUAGGCUUUAAACGGAUAAAACCGUUCGCUUUCCCUAAACGCUUGGACCCGGGCCCCUCGUUGAAAGAACGCAUAAUUCUGCGUGAACGCAAACGCGAGCUUUUAAAAUCCGGUUCGCCGCCCCCCGAGCCAAACUGGCUAGAUUUCGACUCAGUGGCCGAUAAAUUUGACAAAGUCGACCAUGUGAUUGAUUUACAUGGCCAUAUCGUCGGAAUGGGCCUCAGUCCUGACCACAGAUACCUCUACGUCAACAGCAGAUCCUGGCCUGAAGGGUACAAAAUAUCGAAUCCCUUGGAUCCGCCCCCGAUUGCACAAGAAAUCGACAUCCACGUUAUUGACUUAGUGACUUUGAAACAAGUCGGUACUAUGCUACGAGCGCACAAGGCGUACACUUCCAACAGCGAGUGCUUUUUUAUAUUUUUGGACGUUUGCAACCAGUAUGUGGCGAGUGGCGCUGAAGAUAAGCAUGGGUACUUGUGGGAUCGACACUACGGCAUGUGUUUAGUUAAGUUCCCGCAUUCGGAUGUGGUUAAUUCCGUAGCAUUUAAUCCCAAAGACCCGGAAAUGUUGGUUACUACGUCAGAUGAUCACAUCAUUAAGGUGUGGAGGUCAAGGGCCAAAGUGAGAGAACUGAAAUUGAGCGAAACGCAGUUUCCAAAAGGUGUGGAGUUUAGACGAAGUCGAACGAAAGAUAAGUUAAGAUGCAACGCCGGCAUAAGGAGGAUAUGAGGUUGUGGUGGCAAUAAUUGUGUCUUCGUGUGAACAUAAUCCAGUUUUUCGAGUCGUUUGAUUGUACUUUUAACUUAUUAGUUUAUCCGUCCAAAUAUGAAGGAAUGUUUUUAUGACUAACAUAAUCUUGAAUAUAUGAAAAUAAAAAAAUA